GUAUGUGGUCGUGUUAGACGAUAUAUGGAACAUACAAGCAUGGGAUGCCAUCAAGUAUGCAUUGCCUGAUGGUAAUUGUGGUAGUCGUGUACUGAUCACAACUCGUGUAGUUGAUGUGGCUUCUGAUUCAUGCUUUGAAUCCCAAGGUUACAAGUAUGAAAUGAAUGCUUUGUCUGAUGACGAGUCUUGGACUCUUUUCUACAAACGCUGCCCUCAACAUCUUGAAAGACCGUCACGAAAUAUAUUGAGAAAAUGCGAGGGAUUGCCACUUGCCAUUGUUGCAAUUGGUGGCAUAUUGGCUUUGAAGGACAAAAGUAGAAUAAACGAGUGGGAGAUGGUUCAGCGCGACCUUAGUAUUGAACUUGAAG